UGUAACAAAUCGCCAAAAUUUCCCGACAUUCUUGGGCUAAAAAAUAUGCAUUUACUGCCGUUUCUUACGUUAUAUGAUGUUAUAUCGUGCAACAGAAAGCACAGAUAAUCCUAUUUAAUCUUUAAAAGGUUUGUUUGUCCGUUGAUCCCCCUACAUGCCAGUGUAUCGGGCACAAGUCGGGAUGUGGCAUGAGGCGAGGAAGCAGGAGAAGAAGAUCAGGGGGCUCAUGGUAGAUUACCGCCGGAGAGCUGAUCGCAGGAGAGAAUUUUAUCAGAAAACUAGAGCAGAUCCAACACAGUUCCUUCGUAUCUAUGGCCGGCCAUACAAAAUUCACCUUGACCCUGCUGUUGCUCUUGCUGCUGAGAGCCCUCAGAGCAUGAUGCCAUGGCAAGGGAACAUAGACAAUAUGAUUGACAGAUUUGAUGUGAGGGCCCAUUUAGACAUCAUUCCAGAUCCAAAGGAUAGACCCAUUGAGCCGGAAGAACCGAAAAGAAGGGAAGAUACAGAAGAAGACAGUAAGAUCAACUAUGAACGAUAUCGAACUCUAGUGCAGAAUGAAUGCUCAGGAUUUACAGAGGAGCAGUGUCUUGUUCAGAUUCAUAUUGAAGAACAGUAUGGGUCAUCUGCUACGACCAAAGCCAGUGAGGAAGAGAAGAAAAAACUUGCUGAUAAGCGUGUAGCCAUAGCUUAUACGUAUGAAGACAGCACAGAACCUACUGUUUGUGAGGAAGAAAAGAAAGAAGAAGAGGAGGGAGCUGGCAGUGAUGCUGAGAGUGAUAUAUCAGUAGAUGAAAUGGAUUUAGAUGUUGUAAUUGAUGUGGAUAUACUGACCGAUGAACAGCGAGAAGUCAUGAACAGUUGUGGUACUACCUUUGGGAUGACACAUGGAGAUUUCAUUAGUUUGCUAGAAUUGGACAAAGAAGAUGCUGAACUUCUUCGACAGGCCAAAAUCCUUGAAGAAGAAAAAGCACAAUUUUCUGGUCGUAAGUCAAGGCGGGAACGUCGUGCAUUCAAAGAAAGACAGAUGAAGGGUAAAAACUUGAGUCCUCCGAGUUAUGCAGCGAGAGACAGCCCAAAAUAUGAACCAUUCCGAAGAUCAUCAUCGUCGCGGUCAAGAUCAAGAUCACCUGAAACUAGUGGUCGUGUGAAGUUCAUCACAAGUUUCGGUGGCGACAGUUCCGAUGAUGAGCAUUGCAAUGGUGCACAGGGUCCAGCUCUGCCCCCACAUUUACGGGUUAACUCUGAAUCUAAGCCAAGCUCACGGUCUCGAAAGAACCACUCACCGUCACCUCCAGUAGUUCCAAAACCUCAGAACAAACCUGCAUUACCCAUUGGGAAGGUAAAAAAUAGAUCAAGGUCGAGGUCGAAGUCUAGAUCACGAUCAAGGUCACGUAGAAGAAGGUCAUACUCCAGGUCAAGUUCAUCCCGAUCACGUUCAAGGUCAUGGUCUAGGCGAAGAAGGUAUAGAUAUUCAAGAUCACGUUCCUCUUCUAGCUCGAGAUCAAGGUCACGAUCUCGCUCACGUCGUAGACGACGGUCAUCAUCGUCCUCUAGAUCAAGGUCAAGGUCACGUGGUCGGCGAAGGUUCUCACCAAGGUCACGUGCUCCUCUAGCAAAACGUAAUUAUUGGGGCGCCAGGUCUAGAUCAAAUUCUCAUGGAAAAAGACGUAGAUCUCGGUCAAAGUCGAGAUCGAGGUCACGUUCUCGAUCUCGGUCAAGGUCAAGGUCAAGAUCUAGGAAGAGGAGAUACUCGUCAUCAAGUUCAAGUUCAAGGUCAAGAAGUCGCACUCCCAAGAACGAGGCUAAACCAACAAUCAAACGCUACCGUCGUCCAAGUCUUUCCAGCGGGCAUGAACAAAGUGAAAGUGACAAUGACAAGAAGCCUGAAAAGAAGCCAGACAAUAGACAUAGUGACCUUAGGAGGAAUGAACCCAAAUAUAAGAAACCAGUUGGUAAAGCUGCUAUUCCACCUGCCAAAGCUUACUCAUUUGUUGGCUCCUCAACAAAGCUAACACCUCAAGAGAAACUUAGGAAAAAGAUGCAGAAAGCAUUGAAUUGCCAGUACAAACAAGACAAGAAAAGUGAAAAAGAAAAAAUCGACAAAGCGGAGCAGGCCAGACUGGACCGAGAAGAAGAGUUACGCAUGCUGGCACUCCAGAUGAGAAAACGUGACCGAGAGCGUCGCCAUCGUGAGAUGGAGCAGAGAGAGAAACUAAUGGAAUAUGAAAGGAAGAUAAGACGAAAAAGUCAUUCUGGGUCACCCAAGAGGAAACGGCCAAGAUCCCGGUCUCGGUCGUAUUCCAGUUCCAGUGACAGCUCCAGGUCAAGGUCAAGGUCACGGUCUAGGUCGCGGUCAAGGUCACCUCCAGUAUCUAAGGCAGAACGAGAGCGAAGAAGAAGGAUUGUGGAUUAUUAACAGGUGAUUGUUCAUUUUAACGAAGGAUAUUUGCUAAAUUUAUGUUGGCCCCCAUGUUCUUGAUUGUGGUAGCCGACUGUAGCCCACCUUGGCCUACUGCAUUUUAAAAAUGGUUGUUUUGAAAAUCAAAAUCUUAAUCCUCAAAAGUUUUUGCAAAUGUGAAUUACAGUUAUGCAUUCUGAACUGAUAUCAAGAUUGGAUUAGAAAAAUGGAGGAUCAGGAUAAUUCGGAAUUGGAUUAUUUGAGAAUUUGUUGUUGUUUUGUUGUAAAUCUGGACUACUGUAUCAAAUACAAAGGAGUUUCAGAGAAUAAACAUUGGAUGCUGAAAUGGACUUGGAGCAAAUGAGUUUCAGUGUAUAUAACAUUGGAUACUAAAGUGAAGGAAGGAUCAAAUUCAUUUAGCUCUGUGUUGUAUUAUUGAGAGGACUUUACUUCAAAUGCUGUUAACUGUGAAUUCGGCUAAUUUGUGUUGCAAAGGGGAACAAUUUGUGGUUUUUCUUUUGAGGCCAGUCUCAUAGUUGCAUAGUUAGUUCUGAAACUUAAAUAAGGUUUAAUUGAAGAACCCUUAUCUUACCACACCCUGCUUUAAGAUAAGUCGCACGUGUUAGCAUGUUGCUGUAUGUUUUUUUACCCGAACAAAAAGUUUUACAAGAAACGUCUUUUUGAAAACGCAGAAGGCUAAAACUGAGAUUCUUUUCUGACUGGUACUUUGAUAAUAGGUAAGUUUUCGGGAAAUGCUAAGAAAUAGCCUGGAGCUAUAGUCCUGGCUUUCCUCAACCCACGGAUCUACACUGGUUUUCACCUUAAUUAGGACAGGGCUGCUGUGUAUUGUAUUACUGCACUGUACAUGGGAUAUGUUUUCUAGUUGUGUUGAAACAGAUGCUACAGUUUUCUAUACAUUACUAGCCAAUCUCUAUGAAAGUAGCAAUAACAGCUAUUGGCAUUUGAAAAAAUCAAGUCAUCCCAUCUUUAUUCAGCAUCUUCUGUAAAAAGAACAUUAACCGGGUCUGAAUGCUGUGGUUUAGGUCCAUAAAAACUAACACAAGGCAAGUCUAGCUAAGCCUUAUGGCCUGCCUUGGUGAUAGCUUAGGCCAGUAGCAAUUCAAAAAAUGACAUUUAUGUAAUGGUUCUGGCAGUUAAAAACUAAUGGUGCUUUUAGGGUGUGAAUACAGCUUAGACCUGGGUCAGGAAUAUAUGGAAAUUUAGUGUUGAUCCGUCAGUAAAGACAAGUUUUUGGUUGUUUAUUCAUGUGGUGGGCUUUUAGUAUAUUUCCGAGGCGAGGAUUUCCAGUGGCAUUGGAUUUUUCUCCUUCGUGAACCACACUUCUCUUUCUGAAAAGUGUAUUAAUGUCCUGAAUAAUGUACUAAAAGAACACUGUUUCUUAGAAUGAGAUUGUCAUAUUUUUUUUCCUGUUCAUGUGAUUGUAGACUGGGCUAUUACUAAAUUUUGUGGUGUACAGAGUGUUUGUUUCAAUGUUGUUGUUCCUUUAAUGCUCAAAGUAUUGUCUCUGUGUCUGCAACAGACAAAAUAAGGUACUGAAUAGUUUUGGUGGAGGAGACACCAUUUUUGGUGAAAUUGAAGCACAGAAUAGUUUCUGCAAAGUAUUAGCCUGCUUUAAUAUGGCUAGUAUUACCGGGUAGUUGUUGGUGUACGAAAAAGUUUUUGGAGAAAAAUUGUAAUCAAUAAAGUCAAUUGAUUUUGAAA